AGACAAUUAAUUCAUGGACAUGCGGGGGUGCUUCUCCUCCUCGGUGAGGUGGAGGUUCCUUCGGUUGGCCAGCAGCGCUCUCCUCGGUUGGCAGUGGGAUGGAACUUCAAAACGAUCCUAAACCAUAUUACCCACUGAGACGCACUCAUCCCGAGCUGUAGACAAGACGAGAAGUUGAUCCGACAUUCUGGUUGUGUGGAACCAUCUGAAGACGCAGAACAGUCAUCCCAAGCAAACGGAGAACCAAAAGUCCUGUGUGAUGAUGCGAGAAACCUGCGCAUUAAAACGGGAAAUUACUUAUUACUGCAUAAAGUGAGGACUCUUCAAUGACGAGUCCCUUCCUGACAGUCAGUGGUUCUUCAACUUCUCCAAAUAAAGCAAGAGUUGAGGGUUAACCAAUGACGGCUCAGCGACAAAGAGACAACAUGUCGAUCAGUCCAUCCUGUGAGCAGGAGAGGAAGGGCAGUUUCUUCAAGCUGAUUGACUCGAUUGUCUGGGAGAUCGGCACGCUGAAGAAGGAGAUGGGGAGAAAGACAGAGACUGCGGAAGACAACCGGGAAACUGAUGCACAUGUGGGGCUGAGCGAAGAAGUGGGACGUCUAUUUCUUCAAGCCUCACCUUGUCCUGGGAUGGGAGCCGGACCAACCAAGGCAAGAGAUUCAGGCUAUGACUCUCUCCACCGUCGGCUCAGUGUUCUGGAGAGACUGAUGCACACACAUUCUGUGUGGCUGCAGCUGGGCCUCAGCCGCCAGGAUGCAGCUGGAAUACUGCAGAGCCAGCCCGCUGGGUCAUUCCUGGUAAGGAGGUCCACCAGCCUGCAGAAGAAAGUAAUUUCUCUACGUAUGGACAAGGACUCUGCAGAACCCAUCAAAGACUUUCCAGUCAAAGAGAGCCUGUACACAUUCUCUCUGGAGGGAUCAGAGCUGAGCUUUGCAGACCUUUUUCGCCUCUUGGCUUUCUGCUGCAUCAGCAGGGAUGUGCUGCCCUUCACGCUGAAGCUUCCAGAGGCCAUCUCUUCUGCCAGAAGCUUUGCAGAUCUUGAGAAGGCUGCUAAACUGGGAGCAGGUUUCUGGGACAGUAAGUUGUGCAGGAGAGCAGUAUCCGUAUCUCUGCCAAAGACGGCGGGUCCUGAUAGACCACCUCCACCUGCUCUGAGACCGCUCUCCUGUCCAACUACCCCGACAUGUCCUGAGCUUCGAAUUCGCAGCCCCACUCAGCUGGACUGUUGCCUGCCUAACGGCGCACUGUGCUUCAUCAACCCCCUUUUUAUAAAGGCGUAUCAGCCAGAUGGUGGCAACCAGGUCAGCUCUGCCAGGACUACAAACCAGUUACUGAGAGAUGAGUCCAACAACAAUAUAAGUCUCACCAAUAGGAGCAAGAGAGGCUUGUGUUUGGAAAGACCUCAGACGUACAGCUCAGACCUCGGUGACGAGAGCCAGCGACCUCAAGAGACCUUAAGGAGUAUAACCACAAGUCCAUGCAGUAAAGGACAAACUGGUAGCAGCCAGGCGUUGGGUGUCUUUCCAUCCCCUCCUCCUCGACCCCCACGCCCCCGUCUUCCCAAACACCUGCCUGCGCCUCUUCUAAAACAGCAAAGCAUGCCAGAAAAAGUCGCCUGGAUUAACAUUCCGAAGGAGGAAGAGAAGGAGAAGAGCAGCAACCUGUUUUCACGCCUCGGCUCCUCGUUGAGCAUCAGUCCAUCGUCCUCACCUCCGAAGAGACUCAGCAUCAGCUCCCCAAUAUCCAUUCCCCGGCGAACCCUGCCCCUCCCUCUGACGGCUUUCUCCUCCUCUCCACGUCGAUCCAAAGCGUCUCCUUCAUCCAGUCAUGAGGAUGCUCAGUGCCAUCUGGCGUUGGAGGAACAGACAAUUGAGAAGGCCAUCCUAAGGACCAAACUGUCAAAGCAAAAGUCAGUUCAGUCUACAGGCCAGGGCGCCUGCAGUGCUUCAGAGCCUUCGGUGAUGACAGGAACCAAGCUUUCAGAAGUCACACCUGGUGAAGCGUCUCAGGAGGACUGUACCGAUGGGGGCCAACGACUGAGUGACAUGAGCCUGUCCACAGAUUCCUCAGAUUCCCUAGAUUACUCCCAGUCCUCUGCCUUCUUCAUUCCUCCACUGCAUGAUCCCAGCCCCCCCACUGUCGCCGACUUCAACACCCAUCUCCCCCUCUCCAUCCCACCAUCCCACUUACGUUACAGCAGCAUAAAUACAGACGACGACGUUGAUGACGACGACGACGAAGAAGAAGAACCUGACUACGGCGUUAGCCUCGAGAGUGAGCAAGACCAAGAUCUUACUAUGCUCCCACCCGGGGUCAACACAAAGCGGCGCCCCAGCGCCAGCGCCUUGGUCCUACAGAAAGCCCUGCAGGGAAAAUUUCGGAAGAUGAGCGGCGUUUUCAACUCGCUGCUCACGCCAGAGAAGCGGGCGAUCCGUAAAGUCCUGGAGAUGUCCAAGGAUAAAAACUCAUACUUUGGCUCCCUGGUGCAGGACUAUCUGAGCUACAUGGGGGAGGGUGCUGGCGCCCAGGCCUGGCAGGGCUACACCUCAGGACUUGAGCUGCUUCAGACCAUCCGCCAGUUCAUCACUCAGAUGAAGAGCUAUCUGCGACAAACCUCCGAGAUGGAGCCUCCGAUUGAGAGCCUCAUUCCUGAAGAUCAGAUUGACAGAGUCCUGGAAAAGGCCAUGCUGAAGUGCGUUCUGAAGCCCCUGAAGCUGCCUAUCAGCGCAGCGCUAAAGGAGUUCCAGGUGCGCAGCGGCAGCUGGCAGGAGCUGAAGGAGAACCUGUCGUUGGCCAAGGCCCGGCGACCUCAGGAGAUGGGCGUGGCCGACGCUCUGCCUCCCGACCCCGUGGCCAUAGAAAAGAUCAGGCAGAAGUUCCAGACCAUGUGUAAGCUGUACUCUCCAGAGAAGAAAGUCUGCAUGCUGCUAAGAGUCUGCAAGCUAAUUUACACCAUCAUGGAAGACAAUUCAGGUCGUUUGUAUGGAGCCGAUGACUUCCUCCCCAUGCUGACCUAUGUGCUGGCCCAGUGUGACAUGCCAGAGCUGGACAAUGAGAUCCUGUACAUGAUGGAGCUGCUGGACCCUUCGCUGCUGCAUGGAGAAGGUGGUUACUAUCUGACCAGUGCCUACGGAGCCAUGUCCCUGGUUAAGAACUUCCAGGAGGAUCAGGCAGCCAGGGUGCUGAGCUCCGAAACCAAAGACACGCUACAUCAGUGGCACCGGCGGCGCACCACCCAGCGUUCUGCGCCGUCCGUCGAUGACUUCCAGAACUACCUGCGUGUGGCGCUGCAGGAGCUGGACAGCGGAUGCACGGCUAAGACUCUGCCAGUGCGACCGUACACCACGGUGGAGGAACUGUGCCAGCUGUGCGCCCAGAAGUUUAAGGUGUCGGACCCCAAGAACUACGGCCUGUUCCUGCAGAUGGAGGGCAGCAUCCAGCAGCUGGCAGCAGACACCCACCCUCAGAAGAUCAAAGCCGAGCUUCACAGCCGCCCACAGCCGGUUCCCUUCCACUUUGUCUACCGCCGUUUGGCCAAAAACGGCACGUUGUCAGCAUCUCUCCCCAGCACCCCUGCUGACCUCAGUUGUCUCGCCUUGGCCCCUGAUCCCCAGGCCAACCUAAACCUCCAGAGCACGGACCCUCAGGCCUUCGGGAGCGGCUCCAUCUCUGUAUGAUCACGGAGGAACUCCCUCAGACCGUCGUCCCCUACAAACAUGCUUCCCUGAGCAUGCGCCGGCCGGAUGUCGAAACAGUCCAAGUGGGGAAAACAGCGUCUCGUGCCAGUCUUCACAGAGCCGAACUUCUCCUUUCAGGCGACACAUCUGUCUCAACCAACAUCCCCUCGCUGUCAGACGGACCCGGCCGACAGAGGAAAAACAUGCAGUUAUUUUUACUUCCUCCGGAUUUGGUAUCUGAGCAGCUGAAGGACAGAAAGCAAUCUGUCCUCAUUUACACUUCCAGUCAUUCGGUGUAUGUGUACAUAAACAUAAACAAUUUACUUUUGACAGUUGCUGGUCACCUGUUACUUUAUUGCUUUUAAUGGGUAAACUUUUAGAUUGUCUAUGAAAACAGAUUUAGUGACACCUAGAGGUCAUUAGUAUAUAUAACAAAUUUCCUGUGAUCCUUCAGGAAAUCUUCUCGUGCCUCCCAAUCAGACGAUCCGCUUUGAUCAAACGUAAAUUAGUCUGAUGCUUCCGAUCAUCCUAACAUGCAUUGUUGAGGUCAACAUUGUUGACCUUUGGAGUACGACGUCCAUUCUCUCUUUCCAAUAGAAUAGCGUUAAUAUAGUAAAAUCUUUGUGUUUAAGUUUAAAAUUAAGAAGCAGGUAUUCGCUGUUUAAUCCUUGUGUCAUAUUUUCUAUUCACACCGACAUGUGACAGAGGAACUGCUGUGAUUUGUUAGCUUGUGUGGCCUUUUUAGCUGGUCUGAAGUGCCACACUUUGCGAUGCGCUGCACGGUGAGAGUGCAGGUUGUCUAGAGGAGAGCGAAAAUGAUUGACAUCUUGCGAGUUCCACGCAGGGGAAACGAGCAAGGAGCUGUCCGCACAGACGGAGAGGAAGUGCGACGUGGCUGGAAGAAAAGUGAGAGCCGUAGCAGGAAGUUGGGCAGCGUUGUGUCAGUAAGGGGGAACAGGCGUUCUCCUGGCAUGUUGUUGUUAGGAGCUGUUGUAUUUAUGUCUGUGCUGGGAUCUUUCACAGAUAGCCUCCUAUCCUCAAUAUUUUUGAUGUUAAAUUGUCACGAGACACUUUUCCUGCCUGUCAUGUAUGAGAAACAUUUUCUUCUGCACUUAAUAAACAUUGAAUCUGGAA